AUGAUAGAUAGUGAGCCUCAGGCAUUCAAUGAGGCAAUGUCAACUCCAGAAGCUCCAUUUUGGAAAGAAGCUGUAAACAGCGAAAUAGAAUCCGUUCUAAGCAGUCUCAUGUAUAUUAUGAAUUGCACGAGGCCAGACAUUGCGUACUCUGUCAAUAAACUAAGCAGGUACACAAGCAAUCCUGGACAUGAGCAUUGGAAAGCUCUAUUAAGAGUAUUAGGGUAUUUGAAUAAAACCAAGAAGAAUGCUUUGCGUUAUGGUAAAUACCCGGCUGUUCUAGAAGGGUAUAGUGAUGCUAAUUGGAUUUCAGACUCCGAGGAGUCGAAAUCAACUAGCGGUUAUGUAUUCACCCUAGGGGGUGCGGCAAUAUCUUGGAAAUCCUCAAAACAGACGUGCAUAGCACGUUCAACGAUGGAAUCAGAGUUCAUCGCUUUGGAUAAAGCUGGUGAAGAAGCAGAGUGGCUUCGUCACUUUUUAGAGGAUAUUCCCAUAUGGCCGAAACCUGUGCCUGCAAUUUGCAUUCACUUUGUGGCAUGGACUAUCAAAGACACUUGGGCACUGGCAAUGGACAGAGGCAUGACUAUGGUGUCUAUCAAUGCAGGGUUGUUGAUGACACCUGAUCUUUCAAUCAGGAACCCUUAUUUGAAAGGAGCGGCUGAGAUGUAUGAAGAUGGAGUGUUUGCCACUGUUGAUGUUGGCUUCUUGGCUGAUGCACAUGUUUGUGUGUUUGAGGAUGUUUCAUCGUAUGGUCGCUACAUUUGCUUCAACAAUGUUGUUAAUAGACCAGAAGAUGCUGCUAAGCUUGCUAAAAUCUUAACACCUUCCCUGCCUUCACUGCCUCAAAGCUACAUCGAAGAUAUGAGGAUUAUCCCACAAAGAAUAAGCAGCAAGAAAUUGAACAAGUUGAUGGCAGAGUAUGAAAGUAAAACAUCAGUUGGGUUGAACAGAACAGAAAAAUCAUAG